UCUCCAUCAGUUGAAGAAACCGAUGGAAGCUUUUUAAAGGGGAAACAUUUAUUUAUUUAUUUAUUUAUUCAUUGGUAUAUUCAGUUGUGUGGCAGGCGUGUUGGUUGUUUUCCUUCUCUCGAGAGAAUGCUGGUGGGAGCACCAUGUGCACCAGGGGUCAGAUCAUUGCCAGUCUCUUCGUGCUCUCCGCUAUGGAAAUAGGCUUCGGGGUUACGAGCGUGGCUUUGGGCGCGGUCACCAUCGGGAGGAGCCGAGCUCGCCGACCCCAGCUCGGGGACUCUUCACCGGUAUGGAGCGGUGUUUGUUUUUUAAUCUGUGGAAUAUGUGGAAUUGUCUGCGCCAAAAAGAAAUCUGGUCGGAUAAUGAUAUUAUUUUCUGCCUGUUGUAUCUGUGGACUGAUCGGAGGAAUAUUAAAUUUUCAGUUUCUGCGAGCAGUAGCAAAAAGGACAUUUACUUACCCCAUUUAUCUUGCUUCCAUGUCAAUGGCAUGUCUGGGCAUUGUGGGGUGUACACUGUCUGCCUGGCUCACUUGUCGGCUGGCCAGCAACGAGCAACAGAGAAUGUUCCUAGAAAGAGAUCACUCACUGCACCACUCUCAUGAAAUGACAGAAAAAGACAUCCCAGAUAAUCUAAGCAACGGAAUGCCACAAAUUGCACAGAAUGGGAGACCCAUUUGAUUCAACGAAUAUUGCACAGUAAAAUAUUUUACUGCAAUUUAACUGCAUGAGGAAUGUGAUAUGUUUGCAUAUCCUGUAUUUAUUAAUAGCAAAAUCUGGAAUUCAGGUUUUGCCAAGACCAACUGAUGAACAAUUGCCAGUACUCAUUCCAAUCAAAUGGCACUCUAUCCACAGGAGCCUAGGAAGGAAAAUUAAGUACUGUGCUUUCAGGAAAAAUAUUUAGAAGAGCCAAAAAGAACUAGGUUUGCCUCAGUUAAUAAAUUUCUUGAGAAAAAUCGAGACUAAAGCUUUAAGAAAUGUUACUGAACAAAUGUUCUAAGAUGCAUGCAAGAAUGAAUUAUCCUUAGCUUUCAAGAAAGCACUUGAAUAGCGAGAAUAUUGAUUGUCAGAAGUAAUUUCUAUGGAAUGAUAUUAAUAUGAAAAUAAAACAAUCUCCAAAUUACUUAAUUUAUGCUGAAUGCACUAAAAUAUGUAUGAAAUGCAAGUAGAUGUACAAUAUAUCUAUUUGAUGUUUAAUUAUAUAUUUACAAUUAUGAAACUAUUUUUCUAAUGAUGUAAUAAUAUAAUCAUGAUAAAUAAGAUGGUAAAUAAACUGUUCUA